AUGGAGGAUUUAUUAGGGCAAACUUGGAAGAACAGAGAGUUCUCUCUCUCAUCGGUUUCGGAACUUUCUUCCGAUGCCGCUUCGCCGGGAAUUGCUCGCUUCACCUCCGAUGGCCUCCAAAUUCAUCAACAGGCUCGAGAGAUUUCUUUUAAUUUUGAUCUCCGAACUGCUCAGAUAUUCAAAUUAGGUCCUGUUCGAUCCGUUUGCAUUAUGGAAGGCUCUGAUGUUGGUAAAGCGGCAUCGUAUUCUACUGGAGUAACUAUCCAGUUUAAAAACGAGGAGGAGUGUGAGGCCUUUCAUUCUGUUGUCCAACAAUGGAUAAAGAAAGCCAAUGUUCAAGCAGGGAGCUUACCAAAUGGAACUUUAACAACUUCUAAAAGCAAGUUUGAUGAAAAGAUAGAGGCUUCUUCUGCAAAAAUGUAUUUUCAUUAUUAUGGACAACUUCUUCACCAGCAAAAUAUGUUGCAGGACUAUGUGCGGACAGGAACUUAUUAUGCCGCUGUUAUUGAGAACCGAGCUGAUUUUACCGGCCGUGUAGUAGUUGAUGUGGGCGCUGGUAGCGGUAUUUUGUCAUUAUUUGCUGCUCAGGCCGGUGCAAAACAUGUUUAUGCUGUGGAAGCAUCUGAAAUGGCAGAAUAUGCCCGUAAACUUAUAGCAGGAAACCCAACACUGGCUCAACGAAUUACAGUGAUUAAAGGUAGAGUUGAGGAUGUUGAGUUGCCAGAGAAAGCAGAUAUUCUGAUCUCAGAGCCCAUGGGCACUUUGUUAGUUAAUGAGAGAAUGCUGGAGUCUUAUGUCAUUGCCAGAGAUAGGUUUCUCACUCCUACUGGGAAAAUGUUUCCUGGGGUGGGAAGGAUUCACAUGGCGCCUUUCACUGAUGAAUAUUUGUUUAUUGAAAUUGCUAACAAGGCACUGUUCUGGCAGCAGCAAAACUAUUAUGGCGUUGAUUUGACACCCUUACACGGGACUGCAUUUCAAGGAUAUUUUUCUCAGCCUGUGGUGGAUGCUUUUGAUCCAAGAUUGUUAAUAGCUCCUCCAAUGUUCCAUGUAUUAGACUUCACCAAAAUGAAGGAAGAAGAUUUGUAUGAAGUUGACAUUCCUCUGAGAUUCAUUGCCUCUGUAGGCACCAGAGUACAUGGGUUGGCAUGUUGGUUUGAUGUACUAUUCAAUGGAAGUACCGUACAAAGGUGGCUUACCACUGCUCCUGGUUCACCCACAACCCAUUGGUACCAGUUACGCUGUGUUCUCUCGCAGCCAAUUUAUGUCAUGGCAGGGCAAGAAAUUACUGGCAGGCUUCGUUUGAUUGCCCACAGUGCACAGAGUUAUACAAUACACUUAACUUUGUCUGCUAAAAUGUGGGGUCCUGGUGCUGAACAAGGAGGGAUUAUUCAAACAUCUUCUUGCAAGCUUGAUUUGAAAGAGCCUUACUAUAGAAUGUCUCAAGCACAAGCUUAUCCUUUAGCCCAAGAUCAGCAAUCUCAACCACUUGUACAGACACAGGAUAUAAAUAUUCAAUCACAUGAAUUGGAAGAACCAGAAAUAAUGCAGCAGCUUUCGCCUAAUUCAUGUGCUCAGAUUGAUUCGCUGAUGCAGAAGAUUUAA